CCUGUUGAUUCCUGUGCAAGGUGGUACAGCACCCUCUAUCCCUUUCUUCAUUCCUGAUUCAUUCAGGUCCUCCUGCAAAAGAUCUACCAGAUCCACAAACAUGAACGAUGAAGAAAAUAACACCGUCUAUGACACAGUCCAAAAGGAAGGGCUGCAUGAGCUUCCAGACCAGCCAGAAGAGGAUGAAGUUCCUCUUUAUGAUAACAUCCACGGAGGCCUGCCAGAAAGCAAUGUCUAUGCCACUGAUCUGGAAACCCAUGAAUAUGACUCUGUUUAUGUGGCUGGAGGUGAGGAGAAGGGCUUGAACUCUUCCCGGCCAGAAGCAUCAGGAUACCUCCUGCCUGAUGAGGAUCUUGCCCAGGAUCUUCACCCAAAGGAGCAGCAGGAAGACCAGGGCAUCUCAAUGGAAGAGUUAUACUCACCCACCCAAGACCAGGAGCCAGACCAGGAGCCUGGCCCGGAGACACCCCAGGAGAAUGGAAACAGGAAGACGGGAGCCCUGCUUUCCCCCCAAAACUUCACCAUCCAGCGGAGCAGGGCCUUCUUCACCAGCAAUUCUGCUGCUGAUGGCUUGGAAGAAAACAACCCAGCUUCUACACACCCUGAGAUCAGCCUGUUUGUGAAGGCUGGAAUCGAUGGGGAAAGCAUUGGCAACUGUCCCUUCUCUCAGCGUCUCUUUAUGAUCCUCUGGCUGAAAGGUGUUGUGUUCAAUGUCACCACUGUGGAUCUGAAAAGAAAGCCGGCCGACCUGCACAACCUUGCCCCUGGCACCCAUCCGCCCUUCCUGACCUUCAACGGGGAUGUGAAGACGGACGUCAAUAAGAUCGAGGAAUUCCUGGAGGAGACUUUGGCUCCUGAAAAGUACCCUAAACUGGCUGCGAAACACCGGGAGUCCAACACGGCCGGCAUCGACAUCUUCUCUAAGUUCUCCGCCUACAUCAAAAACACGAAGCAGCAGAACAACGCCGCCCUUGAGAGAGGCCUGACCAAGGCACUGAAGAAACUGGACGAUUACCUAAACAACCCUCUCCCAGAGGAGAUCGACGCCAACACUUGCGGAGACGAAGACAAGAGGUCCCGACGCAAAUUCCUAGAUGGAGAUGAGCUGACCCUGGCCGACUGCAAUCUGUUGCCCAAACUCCAUGUGGUCAAGAUCGUGGCCAAGAAGUACCGGAACUAUGACUUCCCGGCCGAGAUGACGGGCCUGUGGCGGUACCUGAAGAACGCCUAUGCGCGGGAUGAGUUCACCAACACCUGCGCCGCCGACCAGGAGAUCGAGUCCGCCUAUGCCGACGUCGCCAAGCGCCUCAGCCGGUCCUGAGCUCGGCCGCCUCGCCCUGCCACUGGCAGCACAAGGACUCUGCUUCUCUGAAACCAACUCCAGCCUCACUGACUCCCCUUCCACAUCGCUUUGGGAAACAUCGUUUGUUCGCCGGCCACCUCUUGCUGGCCCCGUGGACUCUAGCCUGCUGUCUCUUAGGAAGGUCCCAGCCAACCCCAUCUGAUCCCUGCCGGCAUCUGCAGGCGGCAGUGAUAAACACCCUCAAGCUCUCAGCCUUUGGGCCUGGUCCGGCUUUCAGUGUGUUUGGGGUCAGCCCUGGAGAACCUGCCUAGGGGACUGUCCCCGGUCCCUCUGCCAAUACCAGAUUCGCUGCUCGGCUGCGGUAGCAACAUGCAACCUCCUGUCCCCUUCCCCCUCCUCGUUGGUAACUCCUUGGCCAAGGACAGAUGCCAUCAAAGAUCUUGCUAGAAAGAGAGCCACCCCCUUUGGGGGAGACAGAGAGAGUGAAUGGAGGACAGGCAGGCUGUGGAUUGGACGGCUGGCACACACACCUUCAGUCCCUCUCUGCUUUCUGACGCUCCGGUCACACAGGGCACUGAGGACCAUUUCAGACCGUCUCUGGUCUGCAGGGUGAGAAGGUCGUGAUGCUCUCAUGUAUCGGGGGGACACCCACCUCUGUUCUGUGCUGUCCAGGCCUUUUGAGAAAGCGAAGUUGGCAUGCAGUCACAAAACAGGGUGUCUGGGAAGGAGAAGGGGAACAGUGUCAAUGCCAAAAGGCCCACGGGGUCUACCAGCCAUGGGUUUGCUUGCUUAGUGGUAGUUUUGUUGGAGGUGACAUGCCCAGGUUUGACAGAUCCAUGAGUGAAUUUCGUUCUGUGAGAAAGCAGAUGGGAGGGGAGAGCAGGGGGUGGGGGGUGAAGAUAGGGAAGUUCUUUAUGAGGCUCAAGGUUCCCUGGGAAUCUUUGUGCAGGUCUUCUUUCUCAUGAUCUCACAAAGUCUUGAACUGCUGAUGUCAUGUCACUACCAACCAAGAAUUGGCCAAAACUGACUUUCCAGUCUCUUCAAGUGGUUCCCGAAUGUGGGUCUGCCAGCCCGGUGGGGCUCCUGGCUGAGCUGGCUAUAGCCUCUGAUGGGUAAGAGAUGGCAUGAUCAUGGAACACCUUAGGAAGAAAGUCCAUGGGCCUUUCUGACUGGGAAACCAUGUGGCUUGAACUUGAGGAAAAGUAGAUGCCCCUGCCAUUUGACUCACCUGCGAGAUGAAAAAGAAAAGUUUUUUAGCUAAUAUUUCUCUCCUCAGUUGCUCUCCUUCAGUUUUACCUCCUUCAAAGCUCAUCUGGCUUGAGCCUGGGGAACCUGUGCAGAGGGAACUAAGAAAAACGAGUUAAUCAUCAGCCCUCUGUCCUAGUGGUGGCCUGUGAGAACAACCAGACAUCAUAGACCGUCCCCUUCAGCAGCUCUCCCAUCCGGGCUGCCCGCGGGUAGAGUGAGGUUCCCGAGUGCCAAAAAGCCCCAGGACAUGGCUUGUUGCUCAGGAAGGUCAGGCAACAAUGGUCCUUUCCAUAGAAACAUUGGUACAUCGUUGGCCCAGCCACCCCCAGACAGAACUUUGUCUCCAGGGAUCUCUGAAGUGAUCUUAGCAGAGGGGAGGAAGCAGGAGCCCCUUGAGCCCAGUGAGGAAGAGGAAAUUUCUCAGUAGGAUGUUUUAUUAGCCUGAGAGCUUUGCAAGGGCAAGAGGCAUUGAUUCAUUCCUUCCCUUAAAGAAACCUUCCCAGGGAUUCCCUGGGAACGGAGUCCCUAGACAUGUUUAAAAAGGAACAUGGUGAGGAAACAGUUCUUUUUACUGUAGGGAAAAGCCCCAGACUGGCCUCUUGGGAGAUGAAGUCUGGAAUGAUCCCAGAGGAUUUUUAAUUAGUGUAAAUCCUGUUGUCCUCAGAAACCCUGACCUGACUUUAGCAACACAGUCACAAUGACUGAAGAGGCAAUUUACUUUCCAGAGACCCGCAGUGGUGCUGUUCUAGAAGCACUGCGGUGGAGCAAAGGCAGCAGGACAGAAAACAGGCUCCCAGGUGGCACAGCUCCCGGCUAGGGGUUGUCUGAUACUAAUGACUGAUUUGAGAGUCAGAAUUCAGCCAUUGGCUGGUCUUAAAACACAGUCUUUAAAAACAAAGAAGCCAAACUGAAUCAAUAUUGUUGUUUCUAGAUGUUCCUUCUGUGGUUUACUUAGUUUUGCAUAAAUAACGAUAUUAAGGCACCAGUGGGGGGAGGCAGUUAAAUGAUCAGUUAUAACCACGGAAAACAGGGGAUGGAGUUAGAGAUGGAAAGCACUUCUGAGUACUUAAUUCAAGAAUAUCUUUUGAUUUUAAUAUAAGAUUAUGACAAUACAACCGACUCUUGACUGAAAGCUUUAAUGUCUUAUUACCAGAUUUAGCAGAAUAUUCUAAAAUAACAAUUAUAUAGCCUUCCAAUUAUUUUUUCCAAAAGAGAUUUUUUUCUCUAGAUCCUUCAGCCUCCCUGGGCUUUGGCCACAAACCUGUCACAUAUACAGCAAAUCAUCUUCAGGCCUCAGUAUGAUGAGGUCCUUAGGUGUCUCCAGAACCUACUCAGGGAGUCCUGAAGGUUUGGUCUUCAUCCAAAGUAACCCCAUCUUUGGUCUUGAAUGAGUGUUGAUCCCUUAGAAAGCAUUUCAGUGGCAUUAGAAAGGAUUUGGGUUGAGAUCUUAUUUUAUUUCGGAUUUAUUUUUCUCCUUUGACUUUCAUGUCACUAUUUUAUUUUAUUUUUGUGGAAUAGCAUAGCGGGAGGCAGAGGCAGAAAGAAGAAUCAAACUCAGAAUGACUGUGUUGAAUUUACCCAUCUAUCAGAUUGGGCUACCUCUCAGGUUGGCGCUGAGAGAAGGUAUUGGGUAAGAUUUAAAUAACCUUAUAUGAUGAGCUGGAUAAUAAAAGCUUGAGUGUUCUAGAGCAUGGUCCUUGUAUUGUGUGUCUUUAUCUCCCAAUGACAGAAGUGAAAUGCCUGACAGCUCAGAAUCACAGGCGACGAACCCCUAAAAACCCAAUUUUAUUUAGCCGCACAAUCUCAGACUGGUUUCAGCUUCUCAGAAAAUGCCAGUCUCUGGUGUUCACAUCUCCUGCCGGGGGCACCAGCAAGGAUCUUGGUCUUUUCAUUAGAAAAAGCCUUCUCCAAGAGUGACAUUUCCUCAGCUGCAUUUUCCAGCCCAUGUCAAUGAGACGGCAGAAGCUCUUCACAGCACCCGUGACUACUAGUCAUUCUGCACAAAGACAACACCAAGCAUCUGCACAUUGUUGCAGGAUGGAUCGAGCCUGGAAUUGACCCUGAAGGUCUCAGAAUCCCAGGAAUCAGUAAGGCUUAGACAAAUAGAAUUAAAGUUGGGGGCAGGGCGGAGAGUCAGGAAGGUACAGGUCCAUCUCUUAAGAGUUUUCCAUUGUGAGAAACCAGUGAAGGGUCUGUGUCUAAAAUUAAAUCGGUCUAGAGGCAGCAGGAAUCCAGUAGUUACUUCUGUGAUCGUCCGCUAUUCCUUGUGUCCAGAAGCCAUUUAAGUAGCAGAGUGAGUCAAGAUGCCGUUGUCUCUCUCUCCUCGGAAAGAUGAAGUAUCACCUCAUUAUUAAACUGAAGCUCAAGGAUUCCUAAGGGACCCCUUCCUUAUUUUUUCACAUGCCAUUAAAAAGAAUCGUGAGCAUUGGAGAGAGAAGUGUGCGUGUGAAGAAGCAUCCUGGUUCUAAAGUUAGGAGGACAGACAUUGUCAUGUCUUUGGCCUUGGAGCCCUUUCUGCAAAGAGACCCAUUGUCUUCUACCCAGUGCUUUUUAGCAUUCAAACCAAGUAACAUGUGUCCCCUUCAUGAAUGCAUUUUCCUUUACCUUUGCCAAUAUUCUUCUCCCGGCUUAGUUUCAGGAUACUUUCCUUUCAUCAGGAGGUAUGAUCAAAAGUGUGCCUCAUUUUAUUUAAUGUUACUUGCAGCAUUAGAUCCAAUGCUCCCCUCACCAACCAAAAAUAAAAUGAAACAUUGCCUAAUUAUAAGGUUUGGGCUAAUAUUUGUUUCUAUAAAAGCAAUCUGUUUUUCUUUUAAAACAUAGUUUAAAGAAUCCAGUUAUCUAAUAUAUAUCCAAUAUUUUAUGUAUAGUUAGAGAUUUCACAAUAAUGAUUGUGCAUACACUUAAAAUAUACAAUAUCCAGCUGAUGUUUGGAAAUUUGUCUUACUUUCAAGACCUCGUGUUUGUCCCAUUCUAAAAGCUGGGGGUUAACUGAUUUAGCAAAAGAUGCCUAGCUUUUUAUAAAAGAACAAACAUUACAUUUUAUAAGGACACUUCAAAUGAUGGUUACUUGAUGUUCUCAAGACCUUUAACUGUGGUGACAAGAUAGCAGGACUUGCUUUCAAGCCUUAAUAAAUUUAAGUUGCCUUUCGAUGAA